AUGGCUGAUUCACCGCUUGUAUGCCUUAUUCUGGCCCCAAUAAAUGAUACUUUUGAGCGAAAAUGUCUAUGGUUACCAUCAUGGCCUCAAACAUUGAGGAUUGGCCGUCAGAUAAAUUCCCGUACGGCACCAGCGCCUAAUAAUGGGUUCUUUGACUCAAAAGUUCUGAGUCGGGCGCAUGCAGAAGUCUGGGCAGAUCCUAAAACUGGUAGUGUUUUUAUUCGGGAUAUUAAGAGCAGUAAUGGGACGUUUCUUAAUGGACGAAGACUCAGUCAAGAAAAUCAAACAAGUGAGCCGUUUGAGCUUUACGUUGGGGACGUUUUAGAACUUGGGAUUGAUAUAUUGAACGAAGAAGACCGGUCUAUUCUUCAUUAUAAGGUAGCAUCACGUGUGGAACAUGCAGGAUGGGCAGAGAUGAAUUCAUUGGAUGUAUCUCAGGAAAAGGAUAAUGGAUUAUGGGUAGAUACAGGUACAACAGAGGCAGUUGAUACGAUUACGCUCCGUGUGCUAGUUUCUAAUGAAGUAGCACAAUCAAAAUCAGUGUUAGAAGAAGAUAAAAUGAAUGAAUGCAUUGGGAAAGAUGUGGAAAAUAUUUUACAGACAUUGAAUAUAGGACUAAAGACGGCAAAACAGCAGAUGAAUGACAUUAAAUUGGUCACGAAAAUGCUUAAUAAUAUCCAAGAUACAGUAUUUUAUGAUUGUAGAGAUGAUAGUUUGGAAAAAAUACAGCCAGAAGAUAUUUUAAAGAACCAUUCAGACAAUUUUGGAAAUAAAGGAAAUCUUAAAUGUCAUAAAAAAAGUACUCAGCCUCUUAGUUUGGAGGUUUUAGCAUCAAAACAGCUUGAAAUUGAGGAAAAGACAGCAAAAAUCAAAUGUUUAGAAGAAGAAAAGACAAAGCAACAAACAUGUAAACAGAUUAUUGAGCAGCUAUUGAAAGAACAAAAUAAUACAUUAGAAGUGGAAGAUACAAUUGAAACGAAAAUGAAUACAGAGUUAAUGAAAAAUAAAUUGGAAAAAGAUGAAAACUCAGAAGAUGAAUUAAAAUCAUUAAAAGCUAUGGUAGAAAAUAUGAAAAAAGAAAUAGAAUUAUGGAAAUAUCGUGCAAAAAGGACUGAAAAAAUAGUAGAACAAUCAACAUAUCAUAUGACAGCACUUUUAAAAACAGGAAAUGAGAAUAUAAAUGAGGUUUUCGGAGAUAAAUUAUGGAUAACAUUUUUUCCAGCUUGUUGUAUUGUAAUGAUAGGUAUAAGUAUAAUGUGCUAUUUAAACGAUAUAGCUUCUUGA